GGAGGAGGAGGAGGAGCAGGAGGGCCGCUUCAUGCGCCACAGUAAACCGACGCUGGAGCUCCGACACGGCGGGCUGUCCUGCACCAACUCCAACGAGGAAUCUAACCUCCAUUACUUUUUCACUUCCCGACGCAGCGGACGCUUCCCCGGGAGUUUCACCGAGUCGAUCUCCCGCGCUCACGGAAAGUUCCCGGGAAUAUAAAGUGCAACUUUCCCUCCGCUUGGCGCGUGAAGGUCGAUUCCAACUGUGGAAUGAAAUCCAAGCUCCAGGACCAGAAUGGCUGCCCACAUUAAACACCUGGAAUUAUACUUGCUCUGACAACAUCUCACACAACCGCCAGAACAACUCUCUGAACUCUCCCGUGCACCUUCUCAACCUGGUUUGACUUCUGCCAUCAUGCCUAUUCUCAAGCAGCUGGUGCACAGCAACAGCCAAUCGAAGCGGCGGUCUCGGGCCGACCUGACCGCCGAGAUGAUCAGUGCUCCCAUGGGGGACUUCCGGCACACGAUGCACGUGGGCAGGGGGGGCGACGCCUUCGGGGACACUUCGUUUCUGAGCACCCGAUCGGGGGAGCCUCCGAGGGAGCCGGAGCCGAAGCAGAGCUCCCCGGGGCCCAAGCCGGGGCUGCUGUCCCGCACCUUCAGAAGCAGCAAGCGCUCCCAGUCGGUGAACAGAGGAGACAAGUACGAAUACAAUCCGACGGCUCCCUCCGGUGGCUCGUCCAACUAUGUGAAAAACGCCAUAUCCUUACCUUACCUCAACGACGAGGACACUCGCAGAAGCAGCCACCUGACGAAGAGCGCUUCCUCCAGCCCCCUGAAGAAGCUCACGGAGAUGGACACCAAGCCGAGUAACGGAGCGGCGGCGAUGGCGACGCUCGACGCGGAGUUUGACGAGCGUAACUUUGGCGAACUCACAGAUUUGCCUCCGUCCAUGCCCAGGGGAGGCGGCAUGAAGCACGCGGAGUCCAUGAUGUCCUUCAACAUCGACUUGGGGCCCUCCAUGCUCGGGGACAUCUUGAGCGUGAUGGAAAAGAAAGGCUGGGAGGAGGACGACCUCGGCUACGAGGAGGGCAAGAGCAGCGAGGGCCACGCAUCGCCCUCCCACAUACCCCACAUCGAUGAUGAUGACGUGGAGGAGCAGGCCCCUGCGAGGCCCCCCCGCAGCAUGUACCAGCAGAAGGCCCCGGUGGACCCCUACACCCCGGAGCUGCAAACCAGGAGCAACCACCACAACAUGGACAGCUGCUCCGUGUCCAGCGCCGGCUCGGCCACGGAGGAGAAGGCUCGGUACCACCUCCACGACGGCGACACGGACAGUGCAAAGUACAGCUCGCCACGCGGGGAGGAGGACAGAGACUUCACCUUCAUGGACGACGAAGACGACGAUGAGAUCCGAGUGUAGACCCACCGGCUCUGGCCAGGCAGAGUUUUUCCAAUGACACUAAUUGAGAGGACGAGGUGUCGGGGCAGUGACGAGCUGGGAACAGGCAGGGGAAGGAUUUGGAAGCGUCUGAUUUAAGCUUCUCGUAGAAACUCUGUACACUUUGUCAACGUCAUAAAAUAAAACCAAUUAAGCCUUAUUCACUGUGCUGUAGCAAGGAGAUGUGAGCGGAGUGCACGCUGAGACUGGGUCACCAAGUUGCUCUCUCCAAACUUUUGGGUUUGUUGAUUGCUGCAGUUUUUCUUUUGCACCAUCAAACCCUGGACUCUUAUUAUUAUUAUUGUUAUUUUAUUAUUGCAAAAUUCGGUUUUCUGAAAAAACAAACCGGCUUCUGUCGUGGAACACGUAAACUCUUAACUGUGCAUCUGCAGAAGAGGGAAAAAAAACCGGCGAGCUUGUGUAAAGAAGUGAAGGGUUACCACGAGGUUAGGGAAGUGCAAACCCAGCUGUCAAUCACACGGAUAUCACAUUGGGAGCGUGGUGUGUGAGGUGAGCUGACGGACGUGUGUGUGUGUGGGGGGGGGGGUCUCACUGUGGAACUGCUCUACAAAUUCAGAGGGAAAAGGCAAGAAGUGAAACUCCCGGUGUCUUUGUAGUCGCUGAGCGUGGGAGUGAUCACGAAGCCUCAUUUGCCAAGAAACAAUAUUUUGGCAUAGACACUAAAAUAGAGAAAGUUGUGAUUACUUUUGUUCGUGUCUGAAUUAAUGGGAUGAUUUCUGCCUUUUUUGUUUUUUACUAUAUUUUAUGUACAUAUAGUAUCUGGAGGUCGGUCUUCACAGUAGCUUGUUGUAUUUGAGGUAGUUUAUCAUUUUGCGGCUGUUUUUUUUUUCUUUGGCAACUUCUUCGUAUUUAUUCAUUGACUCUCAUGAGGGACGGACUCGUCUUAAUGUGCACUGCUAGGUCUUAAAACUUUUAUUACAGAUUUUUUUCCCGAUGAGAUUAAUUUCUUACAGAAGCGUGACGAUGCCACACAGGAAGAUUCAGCGUGUUUGCCUCCACACGGCCACCAGGGGGACUUAACUACGAGGACUAAACUCAUCACUUCUGCAUUCGCUCUCAUGCUAAAGCUGCGUUAGUUAAUAAUAGAUUCAGGAAAUCACUCCAUGGGAGUGUCUGCUUUUUUUUAACUUGUGGAAAAACCCCAAUACGAAUUGUCAGAAGAGUUUUGUACGUGUUGUGUGUCCUGUGCUUAAAACACAGGACCGAGGUGGAGAUUGUGGGGAAACUUUGUGUUUGUGUUUGUGUGUGUCGCGUCUGUGUCGUCACAUUGAAGUUGGUCGGAUUAGCAGGUCGGCAGAGAGAUGUUUGUAAAGGAGUCGAUGCAGAAGAUCCAGGGUCAAAAUGUCCAGCUACACAUCCUGUCUUAUUCGCCGCGUGUCCACGUUCGUCUCUUGAGGACAGAGGGAGGACGCAGCAGCUACUUAACGGCCGGGCAUCAGGUGUGACCUCGAGGCGGGGGGGAUAUUUCCCAUCCUGGCCCCACACCUGAUAAUAACCACACUCCUCUGAACAACCCUAAUCACACAGUGGGACGAGAUGAUUACAUCAACCAAUCAUCUGGCCUUUCCCGGCCUUACUCGUUAAAUGUGUGAGAUUAUCGGGCCCCCCCCCCACCAGCUGGACUCGGCCCAGUAACAGCAGGGUCAGGAGCAGACAGGUGGGCAGCUGGUUCUCUGUGGUGUUUAGUUGUUUUUGUCCAGUGCCGGCUCGUUCAGUAGCCCCCCCCAGUUAUAAAUUAAUCCGAACGAGGCGUACGUGUCCUUUUUUCUUUUUCCCGUGUCCGUGAUUAAUGUCUGACCUUUUUUAUUUUGUGUUAGAAAGCUAAUUGCCACGUUUGAAAAAUGGGAGCAUUGGAUUUCCUGUUGUGGCGCUGACGCCGGGGGGCGUGUCCACAGAAUCAGGAUGCCAAGCUUUCUCUGCCUCUGGGUUCCUUUGUGUUAUUUUUUCCAUGUACAUGAACAGGUUGUGAGAAGUUGUGAGAUGAAAAAAAAAACCUGGAGGAAAUUUGCCAAGUAUGCUGUAGCCAUGUUGUCGGGGAACGUUAGGAGAACGUUAGGAGGGGGUUUUCGUUUCUGUGUAGAUAUCGCGCAGUAUGAUUUGAGUCAGGUCGCUUCAGGGGCCAAAUGACAGCUGUCUUUUCUACUUCCUUUGGAUCCAUUGUGUAAAAUGUGGUUCGUGGAGCAGCUGCAAAAAAAAAAAAAAAACCAACAAAAUCCCUCCUUGUCCGCCGUCGUUUUAAUCAAAUCAUGUAAAUACAAGUUGUGCCAUUGAUUAUUACAGUGAACAAUCUUUGCCAUCAGCGGACGAUGUGGUGCAAGUGUUUGUGGGUUUGACACUAAACUGCAGCUGUGGCCAAAUCGUAUUUGCACAUUUUAAAGAGCUCGAGUUUGAAAGAGCUCGAUGGGGAAUUAUAGAAAAGUCUUAUUCUGAAAAACUGUCUCAACUUCCUGGCGUUUGUCCGUGCGUCUCCGUGGGGAAACUUCUGAGUAAAACAGAAGAAACCAUAUAAAAGAAUUUGCAAAUACGUUCGGCCCCAGGUCAGCUUUACAGUUUCCCAGAACCCCACAGCUGCGGGUUUGGUGUGCAGCAAAAAAACAAAAACAUAAAAGAGAUAAGGAGUGUAAGACACAACUGGCUCAAAGUUCAGCUGUAGAAUGUUUUUCUUUUUUCCUAUUCAGUGGCUGUAGUGUUAUGCCAAGUAUGUACUGUUUUCUCUUUCUACUCCUCACCCUGGUUCUACAGUAUAUUAAUAUAUUUACUUUUCUCACUCUCCUGUUCUCUGAAAUAACAGCUAUAUUUUUCAAUAAAAAGAGAAAGCUGGUAAUCUUUA